AUGUUUCCUUCAAUUAAAAAUAAUAAUGAAAUAAUUCCUAUUAUAACAGAACAUUUAGCAUUAUUAGAAGAAAAAAUCACGAAAUACUUUCCUGAAUUGAAUAUUGAAAAGUAUGAUUGGAUACGAAAUCCAUUUUCUACCAUCAACACGUCAAGUUAUGAAUUUACGUUAGAAGAAGAGGAAGAAUUCAUAACGCUAACAACAGAUCGAACUCUAAAAAUAAAAUUUUCCGAAAUAACAGUAGAAGAAUUUUGGAUUUCAGUUCAAACCGAAUUUAAAAAAAUUUCUGAAAAAGCAAUUUCAAUAUUAUUACAAUUUUCAACCUCAUACUUAUGUGAGCUUGGAUUUUCAACACUGACGAAUAUCAAAACAAAGAAACGAGAAAGGCUGACAAAUAUUGAAGAGGAAAUGAGAGUAGCAAUAUCGUACAUACGGCCAGAUAUUGAAAAUAUCUGUAAAAAUCAUCAGGCACAAAUAUCUCAUACAAAGUAUUCGAUUUCAAAUUUUUAA